AUGCAUGGAGCGGGGAUCUCACGCCGGCAAAGUCAUCCGAGGAAGAAGUUCCUCGAGGUCUGGUGCUCGUGGGAAGAAGCUCGAUGCUGCCGUGGCCGUGUAGGCUCUUGCUCGGCUGAUUUCGUCACCUACACCAGCCUGAUCCAGGGACUCUGCAAGGUGAAGCUGCUGGAGCAGGCCUUGGUCUUCCUGGGGAAAAUGGUCUCCAAAGGCUUCCACCGGGACGUUUACACCUACACUGCCGUCAUCCACGCCCUGUGCAUCGAGAACCGGCUCCAGAAGCUCGAAAGUUUCUGGAAGAGAUGGCCAACCAGAACCUCACUCCAAGCGUUGUCACGUACACGGUUCUCAUCGACGGGUUCUACAAAGGUGGUCGACGAGGCUGUGGCGCUGCUGUCCAAGAUGCGGAAGAAGUGCGUCCCCACGGCUGUGACUUACAACAGCCUGGUAAGCGGUCUCUGCAAGGCUGAGCGGGCGAGCGAGGCCUACGACCACCUGGAGGAGAUGGUGUACAGCGGCUGCAUUCCGGAUAUCUUCACGUAA